CUCUCUCUCUCUCUCUCUCUUGUGUUGAAUGCUGAUAUAGCUAAUCUCUAUAACCCCAUAGUUGUUGCUCAUCUUCCACAUAAAUCUCUCAUUGAACAAAACAGAGAUUAAAAAAUAAGAAGAUUUGUACUCAUUCUCGCGUGUGGAUAAUAUCCACUCCAGAAUUCAAGGAGUACUACUACUUUCUCUCACAAAAAACUUAACCCCAAUUCCUCUUAUUAUUAUUGUAGAUAAGAGAGAAAGAAGAAAAAAAGAAGUUAUUUUUACUCAAACCACGAUAGAGACUACAGAGAAAUCAGCCUCUUCUCAAAUGGGUUCUCAUCAAUUCCUCGCUUAAACACACCCACCACUCCAUUUUAUUUUUCAAUAAAAAAAUAUUUUUAUUAUUAUUUAUUUUAUAUUUUUUGUGGGGGUGUUGUUCUGGCAUUCUUGUCCAUGGACUUCUACUUGAGAGAAAUAGAAGGGAAACAAUCCCAUGACCCUCUUUUCGCAGAGGAAAUGAAAACGACGUCACCGUCGUCAAGAUGCGUUUACGUACCGGGUCCAGUGAUCGUCGGAGCCGGGCCAUCGGGUCUAGCCGUGGCGGCGUGCCUGAAAGAAAAGGGGGUGCCUAGCGUGGUCUUAGAAAGAUCCAACUGCAUAGCUUCCCUCUGGCAGCUCAAGACGUACGACAGGCUUAGUCUCCAUUUGCCUAAACAGUUCUGCGAGCUUCCUUUCAUGUCGUUUCCAUCGGAUUUCCCAACGUAUCCAUCGAAACGACAGUUCGUACAGUACUUGGAGGACUACACCCGAAGGUUCGAUAUUAGGCCGCGGUUCAAUCAGACGGUGUCAACCGCCGAGUAUGACCCCACCCUCGGGUUCUGGCGCGUGCGGACUAGACAGUACUGCUGCAACAACAGUAAUCCUAGUAGUGAUAGUGAGGGCAGUACGACGACGGAGUACGUGUGCCGGUGGGUGAUAGCUGCCACUGGCGAGAAUGCGGAGGCGCUAGUGCCGGAGAUUAAAGGUAUUGGGGAGUUUGGUGGACCCAUAAGGCACACGAGCUUGUAUAAGAGCGGCCACGAGUUUCGAGGCAAGAGAGUUUUGGUGGUUGGUUGUGGCAAUUCUGGGAUGGAGGUCUGUUUGGAUCUAUGCAAUUAUAAUGCUUCUCCUGCUCUUGUCGUUAGGGACAAAGUACACAUCCUACCACGAGAGAUGCUGGGAAAAUCAACUUUCGGGCUGUCCAUGUGGUUGCUCAAGUGGCUGCCCAUACGCCUUGUCGAUCGCUUCCUUCUAAUCGUGUCGAGGCUGAUAUUAGGCGACACCUCUCACUUCGGAUUGGACCGGCCGCCUUUGGGUCCCUUAGAGCUCAAGAACUUGUCCGGAAAGACCCCAGUUUUAGACGUUGGGACACUAGCCAAGAUCAAAAGUGGAGACAUUCAAGUAUUUCCAGGUAUAAAGCGGCUAAAACGACAUAGAGUGGAAUUUGUGAAUGAAACAACAGAGAAAUUUGAUGCAAUCAUCUUGGCAACAGGUUACAGAAGUAACGUACCCUCUUGGCUAAAGGAAGGAGAAAUGUUUUCAAAAGAAGAUGGAUUGCCUAGAAGGCCAUUUCCUAAUGGAUGGAAAGGAGAGAGUGGGCUUUAUGCCGUGGGGUUCACAAAGCGUGGACUCCUCGGGGCAUCAAUGGACGCCAAAAGAAUCGCGGAAGAUAUCGAGCGGUGUUGGAAAGCUGAGGCCAAGCACUGUACGCCCUUUACUAACUCAUCAACGACGUUGUAGUGAUCAUCAUCACCAUCAUCGAUCUUGGAUUGGCUUACAAAAGAGAAUCAGAGCCAGCUAAAGAAAAAGGAGAAAAAUUAGGAAAAGAUAUUUUGACUUAAGAGGGGGAAAAGGUUAAGAUAUUACACAAACACUUGAUGAUUGAUUUUGGAGGGUGGGAGAAAGGUUUUUCUUUUUCUGAUAGUGCCACGGACGAGGGACGUUUAGGGGGCAAAAAAGUCGCGAUGAUUCGCUGAAUCAAUCUCUCAUGAUAGGGAAAAGUGGAAGGAAAAGAAGAAAAAACAAAAGGGAGAGAUGAGUUAUAUCAGUGAUCCCUUUUUCAUGUGUUUCCAAAACUGACAUACGCUUGGGUUGGGAAGUAGCUAGAUACAUAGAGAGCUUUGGAAGGAAUAUUAUGAAAUUAAUUAACGUUUGAGAGUGAAAGAAGAAUGAAUGCGCGCUAGCUAGCUCAUCAACUAGUUAAUUGUACAUGAUCUUGUACAUUAUUGCCAUUUUUCUCUAAUUAGGUAUAAUUAAAUUAUUGACUUAUUUUAGGAAGGAGAGAGAUAUAACAUAUAUUUCAGAGACUGAAAUUAUGAUGGAAAAGAAGUGCGUAUGGGAUUGUUGGCACUCGAAGAACGAUGAAUAGAAGAAGACGACGGCCGGAACAAUUAUAUAUAUUUAGAGGCCGCUUUGGUAUGUGUUUUUUUUUACCUAUAUUUUUUAAUUACGGGUUUGGGUGGUGAUUAUAUUAGUAUAUAUAAGAGUAUAAUACUAAUGUUUUCUCUUUGAUUACUUGUUACCUAAUUGUAUGAUUUUUAUUAUUAUUAUUAUUAUUAUAUAUUCUCCCAUUCAGAGUACGGGGGAAGGGGUGUGUGUGUUUUUCAAAGUACUUCAAAGGAAAAAAAAUGACUUCUAAUC